CCUAAACAACGCGAGCUAAUAACGCAUUAAUUGUUCCACCACUAGCUACCAUGGACAAGCUGCAUUAGUAGUGCUUGGCUCAUUCACGACAAGCUGCGCUUCAUCUUCAACUCAAUCGAAGAGCUGAACCAGAAGUAAGAUCUGAAGCACACAUUGGAGGAGCUGAAUCAGCGAGGUGUUUUUUCAACUCAAGAGCUAGCUAGGCAUGGAUCUUGUGGCUGGGGCGGUGGGCAGCGUCAUCGGCAAGCUCGGCGAGUUGCUCCAGGCGGAGUACAAGCUGCAGAAGGGCCUGCCUCAGCAAAUUGAGUCUCUGAAACAUGAGCUCGAGAGUGCGCAGACGGCUCUCAGCAAGGUGGGCGAGGUGCCACCAGAGCAGCUGGAUCCACAAGUCCGGCUCUGGGCUCGCGAGGUCAGGGAGGCGUCCUACGACAUGGAGGAUAUCCUCGACACAUUCCUCAUCAAGGUGGCUGACCCAGCUGAGAUGGAUGGCCUGCUCAAACGUCUCCAAAAGAAGAUGUCCAAGUUGUUCAACAAGAGCAAGGCGCGCCACACCAUUGCCGGCACCAUCGAGGACAUGAAGAAGCGACUCCAGGAGGUGGCUGACCGCCGUGACAGGUUCUCGGUUGCGCUGUCGCAACCUGCAUUGCCAACGAAGCCGGAUCCUCGCCUUGCGGAGAUGCACAAAGAAGCGGCGCAGCUCAUCGGCAUCGAGGAGUCCAAGGCUGAACUUACAGCCAUGCUUCUGCCGACGCCUCACGGCAAUGGAGAUUCUGACAUCUCUGGCAGCAAUAACAAGAUGAAGAUAGUUUCUGUGGUUGGAGUUGGGGGCCUGGGAAAGUCCACUCUUGCCAAGGCGGUUUACGAUGAGUUUCGUCCACGAUAUGAUUGUGGAGCCUUUCUUUCCGUUGGCCGGAAACCUGACCUGACACAAGUCUUGAAAGAAAUCUUCCUUCUUCUCAACGAAAAGGAGUACAAGGCCAUUCGUGAUGUAAAGAACGAAUCCCUGCUUAUUGGCAAACUCCGAAAAUUCCUCCAAAACAAGAGGUACUUCAUUGUUAUUGACGAUGUAUGGGACAUACCAACUUGGAAGACAAUUAAAACAGCCUUGGUUGACAAUGAUAGUGGAAGUAGAGUAAUUACAACUACUCGCAAUCGAGAUGUAGCCAGCAUGGAGGAGGUUUACAAGCUACGCACACUUUCCCUUGAUCACUCGAAGAAAUUAUUCAAAACGAGGCUUUUUGGUGUUAAUGGUGAAUAUCCUGCUAAUCACCCUGCGGAGGCAUCGGAAAAGAUUCUAAAAAAAUGUGGUGGUGUACCAUUAGCUAUCAUCACAAUGGCCAGUUUGUUGGUGGGUAAAUCAAGAGAAGAUUGGUUUGAUGUGUGCAACGCUCCUGGUUUCUAUCGUGGUAAGGUUAACCAGCAAGUAGAUGAUACUGAGUGGAUAUUGUCUCUUAGCUACUAUGAUCUGCCUUCUUAUCUAAGGACCUGCUUACUGUAUCUAAGUGUGUAUCCAGAAGACUAUGAGAUUGAGAAAGAUUCUUUGAUAUGGAAAUGGAUAGCUGAAGGUUUCGUGGAGAAGAAAAGAGGGACCAGCUUGUUUCAGCAGGGAGAGGAAUACUUCAAUCAGCUCGUAAAUAGAAGCAUGAUCCAGGUGGUCGGGUCAGAUUACAUGGGCACCAGUGUUUGUCGAGUUCAUGAUAUGGUGCUUGAUCUCAUCAGUGACUUGUCAAAUAUAGAAAACUUUGUGACUAUCUCAUCUAAUGAUAAUGAAGGAAUAUCACCACAUCAGAACAAGGUGCGCAGGUUAGCUCACCAGAAUAGAAUUAUGAAGCAAACUCAGCACGACGAUCACAUGGCACAAGUGAGGUCGCUGGUUGCCUGUAGGUGUAAUAUUGAGAGUUGGGUCUUGCAUCCAAGCUUUAAACUCAUGCGAGUGCUAGAUUUAGAGGGGUGCAGAUUCGAACUUUGGGAAGGCUGGCAGGGUCUUAAGCACCUUGGAAAUCUACUUCAUUUGAGGUACCUUGGUCUACGACAUACAUAUGGUAUUCAUGAGCUCCCGGAAGAAAUAGGAAAACUGAAGUUUCUACAGACACUUGACUUGGAAUAUUCUAGCAUAGGGGUACUGCCAUCGGGUGUUUGCCAGUUAACGCAGUUAAUCUGCCUACGUGGCAACUUCGAUACGUGCGCACCGGAUGGGUCGUUCCUGAGGAAGGUGACGUCAUUAGAGUACCUGUCUAUAUGUAUUAAUAAUUUGGAUGAGGAGUCCCAGCGGCAAUUUAUGAAGGACGUUGGCAACCUUAGCAAAGUCAGGGUGCUCAACAUUAUUAUUAACUCGUUGGAAGGGAUGGUGCUGUCAGAUCUAGUGCAUUCACUAGGCAAUCUCCACAAACUCCAGCAUCUGGAACUGACGGGUUAUAAUUAUGAAGCCGCAAUGAGGGAGUGGGACAGAGUGGUGCUUUCGCAGCAUCUCCGGCAUUUGGAUUUAGGUCCUAUACUGCUCCGUCAGCUGCCAUCAUGGAUUAGUCCCACGCAUCUCCCCGUCCUCCGCUACUUAUCAUUGUGUGUGGAUCAUAUGGAUGAGUCAAGUCUGCGAAACUUGGGUGAGUUGCCAGAGCUCCGUUUCCUCUGGUUGUCAACGGAUCGGCCGUCGAUGUCUUGCACGGUAACUAUAGCUAAUAUAAAUACUAUGGUCGAUGGCUUCUUCAAGAAGUUGAUAUGUUGCUGGUUGGAUGGCUGGAUGGUCCAGUUGGUGCUCAGUGAGGACUCCACUGGUGUUUCGUUUAGCAUCUGGAAUGGGAUGGAUGCUAUAGCCUUUGGUUCCAAAACAAAGGAUGAGUACAACAGAUCAAUAGCACCACCGCCUGUGAUGCCGAACCUCCAAGAGCUUUCGUAUGACGUUCCCGUCAGGGCCUUAUAUAAGGAUGGAAAUGGUAGCUGCGGUGAUGUCAGGCUGUCGUGCCUCCCUUCGCUUUUGAGUGUCAAAAUAUAUGUCGACUGUGAGGAUGCCUCUGCUGAUGAUGUGGAGAAGGCAGAGGCUGAGCUGAGAGAUGCAGUACAACUCCAUCCCAACAGGCCCAUAAUCAGUCUCGAACGAUGCAAACAAUCGACAUACCAAGACGGCAAAGAGUCCAACGAUGGUGAUAAUGUCCGAAACAUGGCUACUGCAAGGUCGACGACGGCAAGCAAGGUCAUCGCCAAGGCAGCUGGCCGCAUCAGCAGGCGGCACCGCGAGUUCGAGUGCCGCACCUGCGGCGUAUGCUUCGCCACGAUCAAGGCGCUCGGCGGCCACCGGACCAGACAUUUCAAUCAGAUUCUUUAACUCAUCACUUGGACCAUUCUCAAAACUGGCGAGUGAAUGUUUGGAACUUUGGAUCAUGCUGCCUUGCGGCCUUGCUUGAUCAUACUGGAGUGAGUUAAUUCCUUCGCUAACGAGAAGAUGCUUAUUUCUCAGCCUGGACUAUUCCUAAAUUUACCUUAAGCUAUGUGAUGCAUUCGUGCAUUUGCAUAUAGAUGCGAUAGAUUGCGUUAUUCCCUUAUCUUAUUAGUCUUUUAUUUUGCGGUCACCACAUGAAGGUCUCGUCUGUGUACUCCUCGAAUAUA